GCAGCGCGGCUGUGCGCGGUGGAUGAGAUGAGGCAGAUUAUCCUCCUUUACUGCGGCUCACAGUGAACACGGACACACACACACCGCAGCGGGAGGUUUGGGACACAAAAUGGGAAACGCAGACACCAAACUUCACUUCAGGAAGGCGGUGAUUCAGCUCACCACCAAAACUCAGCCUGUAGAAGCCACAGACGACGCCUUCUGGGAUCAGUUUUGGGUCGACGCCUCCACCACCGUGCAGGAUGUUUUCGCUCUGGUGCCGGCGGCCGAAAUCAGAGCUGUCAGAGAGGAGUCUCCGUCCAACCUGGCGACCCUCUGCUACAAGGCGGUGGAGAAGCUGGUCCAGGGCUCAGACUCCGGCUGCCCCUCAGAGAAAGAGCGUCAGAUCGUCCUGAACUGCACCCGCCUGCUCACCCGCAUCCUGCCCUACAUCUUCGAGGACGCCGACUGGAGAGGCUUCUUCUGGUCCACGGUGCGAGCCGGCAGAGCGGGGCGUUUGGACGAAGAUGGCGAUGAUGAAGCUCGGCCGCUGGCAGAGUCUCUGCUGCUGGCCAUCGCUGACCUGCUCUUCUGUCCGGAUUUCACUGCUCAGAGUCACAAGAAGAGCGGCCCGGAGACAGCGGAGGACAUCCGAUCCAUCGACAGCUGUGAGUACAUCUGGGAGGCCGGGGUCGGCUUCGCUCAGUCGCCUCCUCUAAACUACGUCCACGACAUCAACAGGACGGAGCUGCUGAAGCUGCUCAUCACCUGUUUUUCUGAGGCCAUGUACCUCCCUCCGUCCUCUGAGAAGAACUACCUCAACCCCUGGGUCUCCUUCUUCUGCUCCACAGAAAACAGACACGCCCUCCCCCUGUUCACCUCCCUGAUCAACGUGGUCUGCGCCUACGACCCCAUCGGCUACGGCAUCCCCUACAACCACCUGCUGUUCUCGGACCACCGGGAGCUGCUGGUGGAGCAGGCGCUGCAGGUCCUUAUCGUCACCCUGGAGCACGAGGCGGGGUCGGCCGCCAGCGCCGCCCUCCAGGCCCUGGACGGCUCCGCAUCGCCCUCAGCUGCAGACGAGCAGGAGCCUGCUGGACCGGAGAACCUGUUUGUGAAUUAUCUCUCCAGGAUUCACAGAGAAGAGGACUUGAGCUUCAUCCUGAAAGGUCUGGCACGGCUGAUGAACAACCCUCUGAUCCAGACGUACCUGCCUCGAUCCGCCAAGAAGAUCCACUUCCACCAGGAGCUGCUGAUCCUCUUCUGGAAGUUCUGUGACUUCAACAAGAAAUUCCUGUUCUUCGUGCUGAAGAGCAGCGACGUGCUGGACAUGCUGGUUCCCAUCCUCUUCAGCCUGAACGAUGCCCGAGCAGAUCAGUCUCGUGUGGGCCUCAUGCACAUCGGCGUGUUCAUCCUGCUGCUGCUGAGCGGAGAGAGAAAUUUCGGCGUCCGUUUGAACAAACCGUACACGCUCCGAGUCCCGAUGGACAUUCCUGUUUUCACAGGGACGCACGCUGACCUGCUCAUCGUGAUCUUCCACAAAAUCAUCACCAGCGGACACCAGCGCCUGCAGCCUCUGUUUGACUGCCUGCUCACAGUCAUAGUGAACAUUUCUCCUUAUUUAAAGAGUCUGUCCAUGGUGGCAGCCAACAAGCUGCUCCACCUGCUGGAGGCCUUCUCCACCCCCUGGUUCCUCUUCUCCUCCCCCCAAAACCACCACCUGGUCUUCUUCCUGCUGGAGGUUUUCAACAACAUUAUCCAGUAUCAGUUUGAUGGUAACUGCAAUCUCGUAUACGCCAUCAUCCGAAAGCGUAACGUUUUCCAUCAGCUCGCCAACAUGCCGUCUGACACGGAGUCCAUUCAGAGGGCGCUGCAGAAGAAGAAGAAGUCUGGGAUUUCCAGGAGUAACUCCACAGAGACGGUGUCCAUGGAGGGAUCCAGACCAGCUGGACCUGCGGAGCCCGGCACCCUCAAAGCCAGUUUAGAGGCCACUCCAGGUAUCGAUAAGAUAACGGAGAAGUCGCAGGUGAGUGUGGACGGCACGAUGGUCGCCGUGCCGCAUUCAGAGUCUCCACAGACGGCGGCUGACGGCAGCGCUGCAGGUGCGGCUGACGGCAGCGCUGCGGCUGCGGCUGACGGCAGCACUGCGGCUGCAGCGAGCGACACAGAGUCCAACUCAGAGAGAGACCUCGAGGUUUUCCAAACAGAGUCGGAGGCAGCGAGGAGUCGGUUGUCAAGCGUGUCGUCAUCAGCAGCAGCCUGGAGCGCCAACACAGACUGGGUGUUGUCGUGGAAGGCGAAACUUCCUCUGCAGACCAUCAUGAGGCUGUUACAAGUUCUGGUCCCUCAGGUGGAGAAGAUCUGCAUCGACAAGGGUUUAACGGAUGAGUCAGAAAUCCUGAAGUUCCUUCAGCACGGCACGCUGGUCGGCCUCCUGCCCGUCCCUCACCCCAUCCUCAUCAGGAAGUACCAGGCCAACGCCGGCACCGCCAUGUGGUUCCGCACCUACAUGUGGGGAGUCAUCUACCUCCGCAACGUGGAUCCUCCGAUCUGGUACGACACGGACAUUCGGCUCUUUGAGAUCCAGAGGAUUUAGAAGGUUUUUACCUCACACGCUCACCAAAAAACAAAACCAGUUUGACCUUCUUCACACCUGAACUGAUCCGAGGAACGUUUCUCUGGUGUUAUUUAACCCCUUGAAACCUGGACCACUUUUCUUGUGCUGCGUUCGGACGCCUUUCUGGAGUAUUUAAA